AGAGAGAUUCGUUCACGUUCGCAGUUCACGCGUUCACGUUUUUGCGGUUUUUGCCCACAAGUCCUCAUCUCAAUCAUCAUUCAUUUUGAAGACAUCAAAAAUACAACUUCCCACAAACGUCUUGUCAAAACGAACGAAAUUUCUAAAAACCCUGCGAAUCAAACAGCUGUUGAUUAAGAUUACAAAAGUAUUUUUAUCGUUUGCGGAGAAAAAUAUGGUUUUGUUAUAGUAACGUCACAAGGAUUUGCAGAACAUCGUCAGUUGGUGUUACGAACUGUUGUGAUCAGUUGUGAUACGCUCGUCUGUUUUUUAGUGCGAGUUUUUGAUUUCGUUAUUGUGUACGCAGUUUAUGAUGGCUAACGAGAAGCCUACGUCUACGGCUCAGGCCCAGGCCUCUAGUUUAACGUUGCAGCCAGCCGAAGAUGAGAAUACGAAGUCGUGUUGGGUGUGUUUUGCAACUGAGGCUGAUGACAGACUUGCGGCGUGGGUCCAGCCUUGCAAGUGCAUCGGGACCACGAAAUGGGUACAUCAAAGUUGCCUCCAACGGUGGGUGGACGAAAAGCAAAGAGGCAAUAUAACUCGUAAAGUGCUGUGUCCUCAGUGUAAAGCGGAGUAUAUUGUAGUGUUCCCCUCUAUGGGGGCUUUUGUUGCACUCUUGGAUGCUAUGGAGGACAUUACCCACAAGAUUUGCCCCUUCAUUGCUGGAGGAGUCCUGUUGGGAUCCAUAUACUGGAUCGCCAUUACGUACGGAGCUGUUACCGUAAUGCAGGUAGUAGGCCACAGAGAAGGCCUAGAGAUGAUGGAGUCGGCCGACCCACUGGUGCUAUUAGUACUCCUACCGACCAUCCCGGUGACUCUCAUCAGCGCCAAGAUGUACAACUGGGAGGACUCAGUGCUCCUGUUCCUGAGGAAAUACUGCGCCAAGAUUCCCGCCUUGUCCUAUAUACUGCCGUUUGGCAACGUGGAAGGCGACAGAGGUGCUAUAGUAACUGGUCAGAACACAAAUCAGACCCAAAACCCUAACUCACAUUUAUCACCCACAAGGAUUUUCUGCUCAGCAUUACUUCUACCCACCAUUUCUACUAUAAUCGGCAAAAUAUUCUUCCGAUCCAUACAAAAUAACUUACACAGAACCAUCUUAGGCGGUAUUACUUAUAUUACGAUAAAAGGCGCUUUAAAAAUCUACCACAGACAGAUGCUUUACAUUAGACAUUCCAGUAGGAAAAUUCUAGAUUACACAGAGUCUAAUCUAAAGUUGUAUAGAAGUGCCGCUACUUCGACCACGACUGAUGCCAUUUCUAGCACACGAGAUGACGAACAAGUUGUGUAAGGUAGUCUGUAAAUGUACAUAAAUGUGGUAUAUAGUCGGCUAAGUCCAUACGUUCGGGGUGAAGAGACCGUUUUGAUAUUGUACCCGAUUGUACUUUUUUUGUUCAUUCGGCAGAUGACGAAAGGCCUAGACAAAUAGUUGACACCAAUGUCGAUGAUUGUACGUAGUCUAAGAGCCUGCAACAUGAUUUUGGCAUCACUGACAAGGCAUGAAAGUGACGCAAUUAUAAAAGAAGUAUCGACCAUCUUUGCUCAACGGAAUUGAUAAUUUGACAAACCAUUUCAUAAUGGCUCUAUUUGUAAAAAGUUGUAGGGAGUUUGGGGUCAGUUUGUCAACUGGGUAAGUUGUAACAGUGGGCACAAGAUUAGAGUUCGUGUAUAUAUCAAUUUUCAGCCGUAUUUUAAGAGGCUGUAAAUACUACGAUUUGUAAAAAAUGGAGUUUAGGAGCUAGUCAUAGAGGUUUUUAAGCGCAUGUAAGUAAUUAGCGAGCGUCGUAAAAUUUUGGGAGAGGUUGGAACAAGAAAAUUGACUUGUAAAAUAACUCUUAACGUCUUGUAAAUUAGGUCGAUUUUGGAAUAUUACUUGGUCAAGUGGUAUCUGAUCUUCAAUAUUUAAAUCUUCAAAUUUUUUUUUUCUGUCUUUAUUGUUGUAUAUUAAUACAAAAUCCGGUUUUCUAAUAAUACUCAAAAGUUUAUUUUGUCAUAUGACAAUGAAUGUCAAGGUUUCUGAACUAUCACUAAAAAUAGUUUAUUUAUGUAUUGUGAAUGAAGCACAGAUUUCCCAAAAUUAAAACCAAAUGUCAAACAUUUUCCCGCUUAUUAUCCUUAAUCGUUGGAUUUAUUCAAAGAUUUAUCUGCCUGUAUUAACAUAUUUAAAUAAUAAUAUGUAUAUGUAGUAUACAUAAAAUAUUUAAAUGUACAUAUAAAAUAUAUGUAAGUACGGGUGUCUGUAAAUGUUAAAAAAAUAUAUACGUAUGUGUUAUCGGCCUCUUCACCCCACGCAAAUAACGUAACAUUUUGCAAAGGAAUGUUAAAAUAAACUAUUGUGUAUACGGAACAUAUCCGUUUUCAUUAUAAUAAUAAUGUUUAUAUCUUUAUGCUCAGGCGUCCAUGACAUAAUCAAUAAUUGUUUUCAUUUUAUCGUAAAAGGAUUUUUAUGAUACAAGAAAUCGCUCGCUUUUCUUAAGUUUUAUAACUAGCUCCACGACUAUAAUUUGCUGUCCCAUAUUAUUUGCACGCAAAUGUAUUAUUAUAUUUACGUAAAAAUCAUAAUAAACUUGAAUAUUACAAUAAUCUAAUGACUAUAUAAAACUAUAUUUGUUUUAUGAAAUAUUUUCUAGAACUGUAGGACGUAUAUGUAUUUAUUUCUUAAAAUAAAUACAAAAAUAGUGUUCAUAAAAAUGGUUCUUUAAUAGGGCGUAUAAAACGAUGAUAUGUAGUGUUAUUUUACCCAAUUUGCAAUCAAGUACAUACACAGAUGUACUAUAGCCGAUUUAUGCUUUUGAGUGACUAAAAAGACCAUUUAUUCAAAGUUUAUUAUGAUUUAUUACGUAAAAGGAAAGAGACAUCUUAUCCAUUCAUCAUGGGAAGAAUUUUUGAGCAUAAUUUCAUAAAUUCUCUUUUGACAACGACUGCUUUUAAUAGCCAUAUUUAUACAAAUAAAUAUGGUUUGACAUUAGUCUCUAAUGUACAGCUGCGCAGGAGUCGGAUCAAUGUUAGUAAAACAUUACAUAUGUAACAAGAACGUGACAAGACGGUUUAUUUAAUGGAACUUAGUUUUUAUUUCAUAUUUUUUAGUUUAUUUUUAUAACGACUUUUGUAAUAUACUACGCUUGAGUAUUGUUUAAAGAAAACACUGAAUUUCAAUUCUGAAUUUUAUUAUUUUGGUAUUUUGUUGUUUCUUAAUCGCAUCUUUAAACAAUGCUCAAAGAAAAUAUGUGUAAUUAAUAUUAUUAUCAAGCUGUAAUUGUAGCUAGGUGAAAAUUGAUCUUAAAACAUUUGGCAAUGUCCGUCAGCUUUCCUAAAGCGUGCCAAAUUCUACCUUAUAACCAUUUGUAUAAGGAUGUCUUUGUAAUGGCAUUUUUGCUAAACAUUUUAGCUAAAAUUUCAGUAUUUAAAUGUAAAUAUAUAGAUAUAAUAUGUUAAUUUAUACACGACUCGAUGUGAUAGGAUGUGGAAUUUAAAGAUUAAAGAUUUAAAUUAAAAUUUUAUUGUAAAGGAUUUUGUAGUAUUUUCCAAUGAUCACUAGAGAAAGGAUUUUAUAAGGAGUGCCUUUACGGAAAAAACGGAUGGCUUGUAAAUAUGAUAUUCAUUUAAUAUGUUCGGUGCUUUCAAACAUUAGUAUUUAACCAGAUUUAAGUUCAUUCAUUUGAGAACGGCGAAUGAUUGAAUGAUUGCUAAGCGACUCGACUAAUAUCGUUUAGUCGAUUAUUGCUUAGCCGAAAUCUUCUAUCGAUUACGUCAAUAUGAUUCUGAUGUAACAAUCGAAUAUUAAAAUGUUUCGAUUCGCCUAAGAAUAAUUUCUUCGUCUUGCCAACAAAUUGCAUAUCAAUAUUCAAUGAUGGUACAACUUCCAAUAUUAAUGUUUGGUUCUGUGUUGUUUUAAAAAUGUAUAAUUUGUUUUGUAAAUGUUUUGGUUUAUAUGUUUUAAUAACGAUGUCGAACUUGUGGCUACUUGAACGUAAUUAUAUUUGAAAUAAUAAUAUUAUUUUAAUAACCCUAAAAUAUCUUAAAAUCGAUACUUAUUAGAUCAUACUCGCGGCUAACGUUGACUGUUGCGUACAAGAGCAUUUAUUCAUACAAUCACUUGAAAACUAGUUAUUUUAUAUCGAAGUUUUUGUAUUUAUGCUUCCGCAGUAAACCUUAAAGUGUCUUCCUAGUUCAUGAACACCUAAUAUCUUUGUUAUAACCCCCUUGUAUGCAAUGGUUUAUGUUGGUCGUAGAUGAUACAAAUUUUAUAUAUGACAAUUUUCUUUUUGUACUGAUAAUAUAAAGAGGAUUUUUUCUGUAGCUUUAAUUUCCAAAAGAACUGGAAUUAUUUAAAAUGUUCUUCCAAAGUGUUAUGUACUUUAAAUAUGAGCCAUCUAUCACGCAGAAACGCGCAGUAACAAUUGAAAGUGCAACCAACUGUUGGCUUAACAUACCCCAGCUUGCUAUAUAAAGUUUUGUAAACUUGUCAACGUUUAUAUAACAGAAAACUUACAUAACAGCCGCGCUGGUCAAUGUAUGAGCAAGUUAAGCUGCAUGGCCACAGUCAAGAUACUGAUGGGUCACCGUCUUUUUAACAUAGAUAUCCGUGUUUAGAAAAUUGCAUUAAAUUGUUGGCCCUGCUUGACCUCAGCUAUAUUAUACUGCAAAUACAAUAUGGCUCUUAUUGCAAAUGACUUAUAGAAAAAAAACUACUUUAGAUCUAUGGCCGAAGUACCGUUCUACCGCAGGAAAUAAUUAUUUUUUACUCAAGUCUGUUUUAGCUUCUCAGUUUGUUAUGAAACAAGUUAUCGCUCAAGUAGCCACACGCGAUAGUUUUGCUAGUCUUUUGUAAACCUAGCCUACACGCAAUGUUUGUAUAAACGAUGCUUGUUUUAACUUAUAGCUAUUGUUUUGUCUACUGUACAUUUUAAACUGAUAUAAAUAUUAUUUUUUAUUGAGUCUCAA